AGUGAUAUCACAAAACAACACCGUGCGUAAUAUGAAGCCUUCCGAAAUCACUCGCUUUCGAUCAACAUUCCGGGCAAUCUUUUUGACAGUAGGUAUGAUUACAGGAGCUUAAUAAGCAUGGAGACUGAACGGAGGGAUGCCAGCAGAGCCCCUCAACCUACCAGAAUAUUGCUGUUGUCAACAUCACAGUAGUCGCCAAUAGGUCCCUGAGAAGGCCUUCUUGCAAACCCUCGGAGCCAUGGAACAUAAACUACAACAGAGGGACAAAAACAGGCCCAGCUACUUUGGCAACGUCAAGACCAGACUGGGGUCCAAGCUCCCUCCUGGUGUUGCUCAGCCCCCCGGCUUCAUCGCCGGCCCCUGGGAGACAGGGCCUCAGACCGGCCCAACCAAGGAGGCCAGGGACAGCAGUCAGUCCCACCGUGCCGUGGAGCGUCCCUUUGACCACGUCCGCCACAUCCGGAACCCCCAACUGCGCCAGUAUUACCUCCAAGAAGCUACAUGGGUACCAGAGCGCGCCACAGCUAAAUCCAGGGAAGAGGGUCAACCGUCUGAUGACAAAGCAGACUGUAUGGCCCACCAUGAAGACACUGUGUUCAGUGUCACCUCCCAGUACAGUAGCCUGGGAGAUCAGACCAAGCUGAACAGGCAUCUCUCCACCUCCUCCUCCCUCAUCUCCCGGCAGCACCUCCGCGUUCCCAAGAGUAAAGGCUCUGGCCAAGGCUCAUCUCCCGUGGCGACGCACCCUGACCCCGACCUCAGGCUGGAGCCAGAGUUGGACACUGACCCAGGGCUUUCUCCGGCCCCAUCGCCCAGCCCUCACUCCCCGUCACCGGACGCAGAGUAUGACAAGUUACUGGAUGUGGAGGCGGUGCCAAUGCCUGAUGGACAGCUCUGCCUACUGGCCCUCCCACCUGAGUGUUCCCUGAGGGAGGGAACAGCGGCAAUGCCGUACCUCAAGCUCUUCUGCCGCUACAUCACUGACCGCAAGGGUGUGGUUUCUGGUAUCUUGCUGGUGACAUCCAAUAAGAUGUUCUUUGACCCGUGUAAGACUCACCCGUUGGUGAUAGAGCACGGCUGUGAGGAGUACCUGCUGUCCUGCUCAGUGGACAGCCUGGCCUCGGUCUCCUUCUACUCUGACAUCUCCCACGUGCACUUCAACUCCUCCACACACAGGUGGAAAGGAACUAAAAACAUGCAGAAAACUGGCUCCAAAACUGUCAAGAUGCUCGGGCAGUGUGGGAGGCGAAGAAGCACUAGCCCUCCACACCACAAGGGGGAGACUGUCCCAGCACUGGUGUCUGCUGCUACAUCGGAGCUGAGGUCUGCCCUGGCUCUGAGCCUGGUCCAGGGGUUCUCUGAGGAGGAGAGGAGCAGUGACAUGGCUGAGUGGCAGUUGGAGGGGAAGGGUAGUCCGCUGGAAGAGCUGGUUGUGCAGUCAUCCAGGACUGUGGGAGGAUCCGUGUUGAGCAGUGCUGCCACCUGGUGUGGAGGACAAGAGGCAGCAGGGACAGGGAAUAAAGUGAGGAUGGAGCUGGUGGACAGAGAGGGGACGAAGAAGCAGCAGUCUGUGAGGAAUCAGACACCAGGCCCCUCUAGACUGUCUUCAGGGACUUCUGGAGGUCUGAUGUUCGUCAGGCUGAGACUCCAGCAAUCCACUGGGAAGAAGAAAGGUGUGGCUGCAGGCUUGCUGCUGGGGACAAACAAAACCUUACCCCGGAGGGACUCCUGGUUCGCCUUCUCCCAGGAGAGCUCAGAUGAGCUGUACGCCUACAUGAACCACUGGAGGCCUGGUCUGUGCAUGCUGGAGGGAGGGUCGGAGGAGGGCGACGAGGAGGAGUUUGUACUGGUUGAAGACAGAGAAGAGGAGGAGGAGGAGAAGGAAGAAGAACAGGAGGUGUCCAAGAACCAUGGGCGGACUGGGGAGGACUGGGAGCUGGUGACAGUGGAGGAUGGUAGAGGGAGACUACCUCUGGACAUGGACAAAGAUCCAGAGGGACUGUGUGAGAUCGUAGCCCAGAGUCGCAUCUUAGACGCAUCGCUUGUCAGAGAGCUCUCAGUGGAACUGCCACCCAGGACAGUGGGCCACACGUGGCAGCUGGCUUACAGCACGUCUCGUCACGGCUCCAGCCUCAAGUCCCUCUACCGGAGGCUGAAAGGCAGCGACUCGCCUGUACUCAUGGUCAUCAAGGACUCACUUAAUCAGGUGUUUGGGAGCUUCCUCUCUCACCCUCUGAGGCCGAGUGAGACCUUCUACGGCACAGGAGAGACAUUCCUCUUCAUGCUGCUUCCUCGCUUCAAGUGUUUCAAGUGGACCGGAGAAAACUCCUUCUUCAUAAAGGGAGACCUGGACUCUUUUGCUAUCGGAGGAGGAAGUGGUCACUUUGGCCUGUGGCUGGAUGAGAUGCUGUACCUGGGCAGGAGUAGCCCCUGUUACACCUUCAACAACUGCUGCCUCUCGGAAAGAGACGACUUCCACGUCAUGGAGCUGGAGGUGUGGACAUUCUGGUGAAGACAUGAACUCACCUCGCCUAGCAACACAUACUGACUCUCUCUGGCUGUCCAAUCACUGCAUUAAACAGGACUCUAAAACCAUUCUAGAACAGGACUCUAGAAACCAUAUACUCUAGUACAAUAAGUUGUUGAAUGUACCUGACUAUUUUGACUUAAUUGUGUGGUUUUGGGCUGGAAACUCAACUGUGAAUAUUCUGAACGUGGACCAAACUGUUACGUGGAGGGGUAUUGGUGGUUUGGGACAGAGAUUGUAGCCUCACUGCAUUGGAAGACUUGUCCUGUUGCAGCCCCUCCACUCCUUCCACAGGUUGGUAUGGUCCUCACUUUCAGGUGACUCUGCAUUGUGGAUACUGUUGUUCUAUGGUGGAAUUCACAUGUCCUAACAAUGGAUCUCCCCAUCUAAAGGCCUGCCUGCAUGUGAAAGCCUGCAUUUCCACCCCAGCACAACUCGCACUGUUAUUCUGGCACCAUAGUUUAAAAUUAAUGAAUUCAUUAAUUGGAGGAACUGAAAUUACUACCCCUUGUUGCAUAUGGACAAACUUAUAUGAACUGGGGGGGUAGGGGGUCUUAACUUAGUAUCUUUAGAAAUGUUUCAUGUUACCCACAUACAACCUAAGAUUUACUCGGAUCAAUGUUCAUACAGUACAACACGAAUGGUUAUUAAUGUUAUAACAUCUUUAUCUGAUACUUCUGGGACACAUCGGUUUCAUCCAGUGUUCAGCGCAAGCUCACUCAAGACUACUUUUUAGUAAAGAUCCAUUUUUAUUUUUUGCAGACAAUUUG